UCUUCGUCUACAACUUCUACCUAGGAUGUGGAAGCAAUCAACAGGUGUGCACAUCAGUUGUGACUGUGGUGCUAAGGUAGACACAGAAGAGAGAGUUGCCAGGUACCUCAAUACUCUAAUGAAUGAAGUGGAUUCGACAACGAAUAGAACUGCCCAAGACUCCAUCCUAGCUACCCACCCUUCCCUGGCUAUAGACUUCCUGACGCAGCAGGAGCGCAGAGGUUGGAGGUGCUCUUCCACGCCUGGGAUCUUCUCCGUCAAGCACAGGAAUAGAAUCUGGCAGGAGGCCGAGGUAGCGAGACACACCUUCCUGCUCUACAGCGCUUACUACGAUGAAAGAGAUGUGGCAGCUGGACCCCUGGUAAGGGUUUUGGUCAUGGUCGAAUCGAUGUGGCCCCCGACGCCCACCUGUCAUAUCUGGUACGAAAAUGACGUCAAGCCGUCAGCUACAAGGGCAACAAAGAUAGAAUACGUGCAUUGGCAAGAGAGGUUAGACGGCCACUUGCUGCCGUACAUAGUCACGUGCAGGGCCAGGAAUAAUCGUACCGACGUACCUAAGGUGGUGUAUCUCGUGAACGACGCAUGCACCCCAGCCACCAACGCCCUAAGGAUCUUCCACAGGACCUUUAGCCCUAAGAAGGACAUCGCCCUGUGCCAUAAGUUCCUUUUCAAUCCCGCCAUGGACUUCUCCUUAAGGUUGGUGGAAUGGAUUGAAAGCCUCCAGGCCUGGGGCGUCAACCACCUGACGGUGUACGAGGCUGCCAGCCACCCAAACGUCGAGAAAGUCCUACGUUACUACCAAAAACAGGGGUUCCUGACGGUGUUCCCCUGGGCCAGCCCAGGGUCACAACCCCAAUUACCACACCUGUACAGGUUGCUGUAUGACACUCAGAGGUACACACUCUUCACUGACGAGAACAUCCCUUACACUGACUGCCUCCUCCGAAGCAUUGGUACACAUCGGUUCGUCGGUAUCUGGGACAUAGACGAGUUCAUCUUGCCAGUCUCGCACGGGUCUCUCCCAGAGAUGCUGGCUGCUGCAGAGGCCAAAGCCUCAGUGCAGGGGAUGAAACCGACGUCCUACCUAGCCAGAUGCACCUACUACUUCGAUGACCAGGCAGAAAGGGCAUCGCCUGAGCUGCCAGAGUACCUGCAUAUGCUACGCCACGUCACGCGGACGGUAAAGUACUCGCCGCCAAGGUCCCACACGAAGGCUUUCCACGACACCUCGAGAGCACUAGGCCUACACGCUCACUUCGCCCUCUUGAACCUGGAGGGAACCGUGGACCGCGAACACCAGUUGUACAGUCUCUACCCUGGUGACGAGGCACACCUAGCGCACUACAGGUACCAGUGCCAGGGGGAAAACCAGACGGAGUGCCAAGAGAUCUAUCGGCCAUUUCUCAUUCGAGACACGACUGUCUGGAAGCACAGGGAGGAAGUGGCCUCAAACACUCGAGAUGUUCUACUGAAACUUCAGCUCAUACCUCCAUGAUCUUUUAAAUCGUGGUUCGCAACUAGUAACUGACUGACAACUGGUAAAACUGACUGGUAACAAGUACAAAACGAGGUAAAACUGACUGGGAAUAAGUAUAGAAACGAGAUUUUUCUAAACAGACUUAACCAUUUAGCAAAAUGAUGACUGGGCUUCAGUGAAGUACAGAAUUUUUGACGUCCUGUAGACUCACCUUCCUUUUGUUAGUGGAAACUGUUGUUCAUUUCAAUGAAAAACUAAACUAAUCAAUGGAUGUCUCUAUUCGUGGUAAUUACAAUUAAUAGACUAUCUAGGAGUAAGAAGUCACCAAAGUGUAUUGCUCUUAAGUAAAGCCUCCAUAAAAGAGAAUGUUCAUAAUAUUUACAUUCGAAAUAAGUUCGAUAAAGAAACAGAUAUUGUAACGCCAGGUAGAUAUGCCCAAUUAAUCAAUGAACGAGUGUGUAUGAAAUCAAAACCAAUACAGCCUCCUGGGAGGCUAUAGUCCAGAGACUGUGGUACAGAGCCUAUGGUACUGAGGCUAGGGUACAGAGAAUAUGGUACAGUGACUGAUACAGAAUAUGGUGCAGAGGAUAUGGUACAGAAUAUGGUACAGAGAAUAUGGUAAAGAGGCUAUGGAACAGAUAUUAUGGUACAGAGGCUAUGGCACAGAGAUUGUGGUCCAGAACCUAUGGUACAUAGGCUGUGGUUCAGACACUAUGGUACACGGGCUGUGGUACAGAGACUAUGGUGCAGAAACUACGGUACAUAUGUAGACUAUGGUACAGAACCCGAGCCACAGAGUUAAUAGUUUUUGAGAGAAAAUCUUAUUACAAAACUAUUAAAAAAAAAGUUACCGUUAUAAUAAUACCAUGAUUAUGGUUAUUUUUGUUAAAAAUUUUAGUUACUGGUUCAAUAAAUACAUCAGACAAUGUAAGGACUAGCUUGUAAUUACUUUUAAAAUAAUAAAAUUUGUCACUUUCAUAACAUA